AUGAAUUCUACAUAGGAAUGGCUUUUUCAAACUAAUGAUAAUUAAAUUGUGAAAUUUAAAAGUGAAUUAACAAACUUCUGUGAUUUAUUAUAAGAUAAAGAUAUAGAUGAUCCAUUACCAGUUGCAAUUGAUGUAAAACAAUCAAAUUUAUAACUAUAGUUAGAAGUCUUGAAUGUAAUUAAGAAAUUUUGUGAAAUUCAUAAUUAUGAAAAGGAAGCAAUUAGAAUAAAAAAACCAAUUAUAAAUAAUAAGAUUAAUGAUAAUCUAGAUUUAUAGUCAAUUUAAGUAUUAUAAUUAUCAGAUGAAUUAUUUGAUAAAGUUUUGGCAGCUUCUUAUUAUUUGAGUUUUGAUCUCUUAAGAUAGGCAUGUUUAUGCAUUUUAGCAUGUUAAAUAUACGUAGAUGAUAAUGAAAAUGAUAUUGAAAGGUAAAAAUUGUAUAAUAAAAAAAAUAGAGCAAGGAAAUAAUAUGGUUUAGGUGAGAUAACACCAGAAUAGGAAAAUGAAGCAAUUACAAAAAAUAAACCUGUAUUUGAAUAAUUAUAGAAAUAAUUUUAUGAGAUGCUCUAAUAGUUUGAAGAUGAAAUUAAUGAAAAAAUGAAAUAAUAAUAAUAAAUUGAAUGA